AUGCAUUACACAGAGAUGGGCAUGAAACAGACCUCUGGAUCCUGGGACCUCUGGUCUCCAGCCUGUCCCAAGUGCUACAGGCCUGUGGGGGCCCCUGAUGAGGAGAUGCUGGCAGGGCUGGGAUCCUGUUUGCUGCUGGUAGUGGCACUGCUGGGCCCAGGGCCCAGGGCUCAAGCUAUGAAAGGUGUCAAAUGUGGUGGUGUCCUCUCAGCACCUUCUGGAAACUUCUCCAGCCCCAACUUCCCCAGGCUCUACCCCUAUGACACAGAGUGUAGCUGGCUGAUCGUGGUGGCUGAGGGCUCCUCCGUGCUGCUCACCUUCUAUGCCUUUGACCUGGAGUACCAUGACACCUGCAGCUUCGACUUCCUGGAGAUCUACAAUGGGGCCUCUGGAGACAAGGGCAACCUGCUGGGGAGGUUCUGCGGCCAGGUGCCCCCACCACCAUUCUCCUCUUCAUGGCAUGUCAUGUCUGUCGUCUUCCACUCGGAUAAACAUGUGGCCAGCCGUGGCUUUUCUGCAGGCUAUGAGAAAGAUAUGUGCGGUGGCGUCCUGACAGGCCUGUCAGGGGUCCUCACCAGCCCUGAGUACCCCAACAAUUACCCCAAUAACGUGGAGUGCCGCUGGGUGAUCCGGGCCACUGGCCCCGCUACUGUCAAGCUGGUGUUCACAGACUUCCAGGUGGAGGGCAACGAGGAGUGCAACUAUGACUACGUGGCCGUUCUCGGGGGACCAGGUCCUGCUCAUGGGCAUCACUACUGUGGUAGUGCCAGGCCCCCCACCCUCGUGUCCCUGGGCCAUGAGUUGCAAGUGGUUUUCAAGUCUGACUUCAACAUUGGAGGCCGGGGCUUCAAGGCCUACUACUUCUCAGGAGAAUGCCAGGAGGUGUACACGUCCAUGCGGGGUAACUUCUCCAGCCCACAGUACCCCAGCUCCUACCCCAACAAUAUUCGGUGCCACUGGACCAUCCGCCUGCCUCCUGGUUACCGGGUCAAGGUCUUCUUCCUGGACCUGGACCUGGAGGGCCCCAACAGCCUGACCAGGACCUGUGACUUUGACCAUCUGGCAGCCUUCGAUGGGACCAGUGAGGAGGCGCCCCUGCUGGGGAAUUGGUGUGGCCACCAGCUGCCACCACCCAUCACCUCCAGCCACAACCAGCUCCUGCUUCUGUUGCACACGGACCUCAGUACCACCCACAGGGGCUUCUCUGUUGCCUACAUUGGAGUGGUGCCCAUGAACGUGAGCUGCUCCCGCACAGACUUCCAAAUUCUGAUCUCAGCACAGACGCUGGCCCCACUAGAGCGGAACAAGAUCUACCUGGGCAGCCGGAGCUGUGCUGCCCAGGAAGUUGGCAGCAACUUCAGGAUCCAGGCCCGCUUUGACACCUGUGGCACAGAAUCUCAGAGAAGAAACAACACUUCAUUGAUCGUCAGCAUGCUGUACAUCGACUUCUCGGCUGGCGAGCAGGAGGACAUCCAUGAGUAUGAGGUCCUCUGUGAGCCACGACGCAAGGAGGCUUCUGUCCACCUGCUGUCUGGCUCCCACUGGCUUGGGCCCUAUACUGCCACUGCUGAGCACCUUCAAGAAGCGCCACCCAGGGCCGAAGUGGAGGCACUGGAAGGCCAGGUGGCCAUGGUGGCCCAGGACACCAGUGACAUUGUCUUCCUGGGCCUUUGCAUCCUGGCUGGAAUCCUCAUGGUCAUUGCCAUUGUGGUCCUGAUGCUGCUGUGA